GUCUUAUACAGGGGCUAUUACAUAGGUGAUGAGAAGUAGGGACAUCUUUAGAUUUGGCGAAAACGGAACUUUAAAUCUUCAGCGAACAGGUCGACAAGUUGUCCUGUAAUUUAAAAACUAUUUUCUUUCAAGCAGAAAACAUUACCACGAACAAAUUUUGAAGUUAAAAGAAAAGAAACAGCAACGGGUCUACUUUAAAGUUAAACGAACUUCUCGGACGAAGUCAGCCAUCUUAGAUUAUCAUGGAUCUAUGGACGGUCGCCUUCUUGUUAAGUGGAUUGUUCGUGAGCGUUUAUGGCCAGAUAGAAGUCGACACGAAGGCGGGUUUGAUCAGAGGUCGAACGGAAGUUAACGAUGGCAUGGUUCAUGUAUUCCUGGGAAUUCCAUACGCCAAGCCCCCAAUUCUCCAAAGACGUUUUCAGAAGCCAGAAAAACCAGACAAGUUUCAGUACCCAUUCGUGGCUGAUCUUAAUAAACCAUUUUGUGCCCAGGUACUGCCAAGAAACAACAUCUGGGACAAUAUGCCGCUCACAAUCACACGUAGUGAUGAAGACUGCCUUUAUUUAAACAUUUACGCCCCUGAGAGAAAGGACAAAAUUCCAGUAGUGGUGUUUCUGGGUGGUGAAAACUAUCUGACAGGAAGAGGUGACAUUUACGAUGGUCAAAAGCUGGCGAUAAAAGGUAGCGUCAUUGUAGUCACUCUCAACUACCGCUUGGGGAUAUUUGGUUUCCUUAGUACCGGAAAUACCAAUGCUCCUGGCAACAUGGGAUUGUGGGACCAGCUUAUGGCGCUGGAAUGGGUAAGAGACAAUAUUGCCGCUUUCGGUGGGGAUCCGAAUGAUGUGACUCUCAUGGGUUGGUCAUCAGGGGCCAGCAGCGCUGCCCUGCACGCCCUGUCUAGGAGAAGCAAGGGGUUGUUCAAGAGAGUGAUUCUACAGGGUGGAGCAGUGACCGGCCCGACUGUGGUCAACACACGCGAGGACGCCUUAAGAUUCGCUAAAGCCAUCGGCAUUCAAACGCAAUGUUAUAAAGCUGAUAAAUCCGUGUCUGUUGAGGACAUGGUGAAUUGUUUAAAGGGGCCUAUGCAUUUACCGACCGUCUUGGCCAUCAGGGCGGUCAGGGUUGCCCGAGGCGAUAAGGUGCGAGGGUUGCUUAACUCCGCCUGGGUGCCAGUCAUCGAUGGCGAUUUCAUCCCGGACGACCCCACCAAACUGUUGACGGAUCAUUCCUAUCUCACCUCCAUCGGCUUCUACGAUCUAGACAUUAUGCUGGGGAUGAAUCGUAAUGAAGGUACCCAUUUGCUGUACCUGUUCAGGAAUGUCUUGAAUCCAAGUCAAUACAGCACAUUGAUCACGACAGAGGGCGUCAGCUCCACCUACAUGAUCAAUUCCGUUAUCCCGGCGCUCGUUGGGGGAAAAUUUGGACAAGAAAAUGUCGCCUCUGAAAAGUACGUCAGAGACACCUAUCCGACCAAGGAUACCUUCACAAGCUACGACAAUGCCUUUACGGCGUACGGUGAUGCUUUUUUCGUGGCCCCCGUCAUCCAGUUUGCAAGAGCACACAGUCACCAGAAUUCAGGAAGCGGCAAAACUUUCUUGUACCUGUUCGACUAUUCGGCUGCUAUAGGAGCCAUGCCAACUUCCCAUGGAGCGGAGCUGCCCUACGUUUUCGGACUGAGUCCUCUUGUUUCCCAAGCUAAUGUGAUGCCGUUAGAACUUAGUAACGACGAUCAAGUCUUCGCUGAACAGGUACUCAAUUAUUGGAGCAACUUUAUGCGAUCAGGAGACCCCAACAGCCCCCGAAGUGUGCCUGUGUCCUGGCCCGCGUAUGACCCAAACACUAAGUCACAUCUGACCUUCACCAGGAGCAUGCCGCCCGCCUCCUCUGUCGCGCAGGACCUUCGAGGGGAAACCAUGCCUUUCUGGUUAACGUGUUUCCCUGGAAGUAUCCCCACCCAAGGGGACUCGUCGUUCACAUGCCCUGCCGACUUGCCGGAACCAGUGACAACAUCAACGACGACGACAACCAAGUCAGGAACAACCACAACCACAACCCCCACGCCUAAGCCAAACGAAGAGACAACAAAGUCAGGAACAACCACAACCACAACCACCACGCCUAAGCCAAACGAAGAGACAACAAAGUCAGGAACAACCACAACCACAACCACCACGCCUAAGCCAAACGAAGAGACAACGAAGUCGGGAACAACCACAACCACAACCACCACACCUAAGCCAAACGAAGAGACAACAAAGUCAGGAACAACCACGACGACCACCACCACCACCACGCCUAAACCAAACCAACCGGACACCACCAAAGCAGUAACAACGAAGCCAAGUUCUGCAGAGAAACCCAGCGAGCCGGUUACACCUGCAGUUACGCCUAAACCGACGGAAGCUAAAACAAAUGCACCUACGAGAAAACCCGGACUGAUCUGGGUCGUGACGGAAAAUCCUAAUGGCGGCAGUCACAAUGGGGCAAUUCGUGUACUAACGGUGCUGAUAGCGCUGGGAACGACCUCCUGGAUCUCCUACAUUUUUUGCUGAUCUAGAACUGACUGCCAAAUAUAUGUUUUAACUGUCAGGUGGCAUACGAUUUUGAACAUGCGUGCUUUCAAAGAAAAAAUAUUCACAAGAGAUAAAUAUCUGAACACAGUCUCUGAACACUGAAGACGAAUCUCAGUAUGAUGUCAUACUCAAAGGCGAAUGAUUUCUGUUGAGUCAUGUACAAAUACAUUUCCUUGUUGCUUGGAUGUCAGUAUAUAGUGGAGUCAGAAUUAUACAUACAUGUACUUGCCACAGAAAUGAUCAUCUGUUUUACUACCUGUGUAUUACCUGGGAAUGUUUACACUGUGUAUAUAUUUUUUAUACAAAAACACUACAGCGCUUGUCUUUAUGACAACAAAUCUUUGGGAACUCAGUGAAAAUAGACGGGUUACUACGCAGUAAACAUACCUUCAAGGUCAUGUCCUGAAAUUAUGCAUUGAAAAACACUUUCCGGUUUCGCGAAAUUUCCCAUGAGUUUAAUUUUGUUAAUGUUCACAUAGUUUUGAUAAGGUUUAAUAACACUCCUCUUUCCUUCGCCCACAAUACCGACCGCAAGCAUAUUAGAGAAAAAAUCUUGUGUGUGGCACUAAGCAGCAAUCAGAUAAAUACAUACAUUAUAGGCGCGGCUGUUUCUUGACAGAAGGAAAGUUUUUCAUGGUAUGUAGUAAGAGGGAUCCCUGUACGUUACAUUAUGGGGAAACACUACGUUUAUAUUUUGGACUACUGUCAUCAAGCGCAUCAGAACUAAAAAAAUAAAUAUGAGUAUUUUCGAAAGGGAGUAAAACUGUUUGAAUAUCAUGCAGCUCUGCUGAAACGUCGUUGCCUUGGUAAACUUGGCAACAAAAAUGCCUUUCAACCUGCUGGUUCAGGAUGACGUCAUACCAAAUAUUAUAACGUCCUAAACCUAGAACUGUACAUAGUUUAUCAUGAGAGCAACAGAGCAAAUAAUUGUAUUUUUCUCUUUGUGUUGUGUUUAAAAUUUUGGCUUGCAAUCUGUUAUUAUGUAGAUUUAUAUUUGUUUUGACAUCUGUAUAUAAGAAAUCCAAUUUACAUUGUAUGUAUGCCUCUCCUUUUCUUCCGUAUAUUUUUCUAUACUGCAAAAAACAAAUCAAACGAAUACGCAAGUUUUGUUUAACGUGCGAGUUUUUAAAUGUAGAAACUUCGAAUUGCUUUUUAAAUUGAACUGUUACAAAUCUUCACAAUGUGUAUAUGGUAAACAUUGAUAUAAAAAAAAACUUCGGCUUCUCAUCUUCCGACCAAUAUCUAAUGCAAGGAUAUAUGUGCUAUGAUAAAAAUUUAUUGCUUAAUGUGAUGUUUUAAGUAACUUGUGAAGUAAUUCUGUGCUCUUACAGUGCUAAAUACUUUAUACGAAUUAUUCCAUAUUGUGUUGGAAUGGCUUGCAAAUAAAAUUGAAUCUUUUUUAAACAUGUGUGUAAUGUUUAUCUUUUGAUAUGACAUAAAUGUAUAAUUUUUUUUAAUAUUUUACAGAAACUCAAAAUGUGCUGCUUUAAUGUAUACGUCUAGACCAACUAUGUUUGUCAAAGAACUACACAUUCUGCAUUGAUCCCUUCGUAAUAUUGUUUAUAGCU